AUGAGAUUGAGGAUGGAGCUUUGCCCAGCAAAUGAUUCUAGGUUGGUGCAAUGGUGGUCAGAAGCCAGAAAGCUGAUACACAAGCAAACUCGGAAAAGAUUUGACACGUUCGUAAUGCUUAUAUGUUGGACCCUAUGGAAACAGAGGAACGCGAGGGUGUUCGGAUCGGGCCAGAUCAAGAACGAGUGGGAUACGGUGGACAUGAUCUUCGACGACUUGAGGACUUGGGCCACGGCAAGAGCGUUUGGAGAACAACCUGUAUCCGGGUAG